AAUCUAUAAUCUACAAUGGUUCAUGUAAAAUUAAAUUCUGACAUUAUUCGUCAGAUUAUUUUAUCCCUCGCCGAUUCAGAUCCGAAAACUGGAGAAUACAAGUCUUAUUCUAUUUUAUAUCCUUGCUUGCUCGUUAAUCGUGAAUGGUGUAGAAUUACUGUUCCAAUUUUAUGGCAACAACCUUUUAGUUUCGAUCAUAUUAGAGGUGCAAGAGCGAUUGUAACCUAUUUCUUAUUGAAAAUGGAAUAAAUAUUAAUUUACUCUUUCAAAAUGGUUCAAAAUCUCAAUAUGAAGAGGAAGAAGAUAACAAUAAUAAUU